GUAGGUAUCAUAGUAUCUCAGAAGUUACCCAUUGGACCCCUUUUAUCAGUGCAAGCAUUAACUACAUCCGCAGGCAGUACCCGAAGCCAUGGAGUCAGGAUGUGAAGAAGCUGGUGGCUUUUAUCAUGGGUGUUCAGUCACACCAGGUAGCUGAUGUUUCAUGGCACUCUUUAGGCAUCGACCAGGGAUUCUUGCAAACAAUGGCUAAAACAGAUUUUCAUGGAGAUUUCCCAAGUGCCCACACUGCUGGAGAUUUGGGAGGGGAUGUCUUGAACCUGUUUCAGCUAAAUCUGAACUACAGUGAUAUUUUUGGUGAAUGGUACAUACCAGUUGAGGAUUUACUACUCAUAUACAGAGAUCUAAAUGGGACAGAGCAGGUGACGGAAGAUGUCAUUGUCACAUGCAGUAAGCUGCUGUAUCUAACAAAAAUUGCUGAGCGGGUUGCCCUCAAGAAGUACUUCCCGAUCUCGGCCAGACACAGUCCAUUCUUGGUUGACCAACUGUACGACUACUUCCUGGGUGGCUUACAAGACAUGGCUGACUGGACUCAGCGAACAUGGAGGUAUUUCACAUUUGCGGUGGAGAAUGGCAUGAGUUUGUGUACAAUGGAUUAUAACCCGUUAUUUGUUCGCUGUAAUGAUACCAAAAAUCUGGCACCACCAAGAAGAAAUUCUGCCUUGCUGAAGAAUGGUUUUUACACCCAUCAAAACAUGUUUGCUUCAAGCCUCGGGGAUGUGGAGGUUAAGAAAUCUGGCAGAGGCAUGAUCUUCCAACCUGGCCUGAAGUUGAAGCAAAAGAUUGAAGAUUCAACAAGAAGUAGAAGUCAUGACCAUCACAUGGGUAGCCGUGAUGUCAGCAGUGUGAAACAGAUGAUGAUUGUCACUGAUAACAGAAAACUACCUGAUGCUGUACUGACCACAUACCAGGACAAUGCUGGGCUUGGAAGUGCUUACGCUGUUGCAGACCUCAAUCAGGAUGGAAAUGAAGAUGUGGUGAUUGGAGCGCCAGGAUUUUUCUCUGCUGUGAACCAAAAGACUGGCAUGGUCUUUAUUUUAUUUGGUACUGACAAUGGAUUAAACCUGACCUCCAGGGAUCUCACCCAGCUAGCAGAUGUCAUGAUACCAGGACCUGAAGACCCACACGGGGCAUAUUCACAGUUUGGAUCCUCAUUAGCAAUACUGGACAUUGACAAAGAUGGGAGUCUGGAUAUCGCUGUCGGAGCUCCGAGCUUUGGUUCAGUGAACCUUACAUAUACAGGAAGAGUUUUCCUCUACUCCUCUGUGAGUCAAAAACAGUUUGUUUCUCGGGGCUGGAUAGCCUGUAAGGAUGUGUAUUGCAAUCUGGGAACAACACUUACCACUGGUGAUUUGAACUCUGACCUUUAUGAGGAUCUGGUUAUUGGCUCGCCAUUUGCUCCUGGGCUGGGAGAACAGAGGGGCAUGCUUGCAGUUGUGUAUGCCAGCGGUGGAUAUGCAGAUGUAGGUGAACUCCAGUUGACACUUGCACCAGAUGACUUUCUAAUCCAUGGCUCACAGAAUUACAGCUGGCUAGGCAGCAGUAUGUCUGUGAAGAAGUUUAAAGGUAACAAUGAAACAUAUCUGGCAGUUGGAGAACCUUGCUAUCGGAAGUGUGCCAGAGCAGACUGUACGUUUACCACCAGUGAUGUCCAGUCGGUUGGCCAGCUGCACCUUAUGUCCACUUACAAUGGCACUGUCCAGUUACAGCAGGUCUUUAAGGGCACAGAGACGUUUCAGUUGUUUGGUGCCCAGGUGGCUUUCGGGCAGCCCUUUGGUCAGUCGACAGAUGUGUUGGCCAUUGCAGCUGCAGGUCAAAAUGUGAUGGGCCAUGAGUUUGACAUUGCUGCCACAUUCGAACAGGCCGGCUCUGUGUUUCUGUACAAUCUCUCCAGCCCUUCCCAGAGUCUGUUGACAGUUUUCAGUGGGGACAGAAAGUUUGGAAGGUUUGGCCAACACAUGAAGUUUUCAGAUUUGAAUAGAGAUGGUUAUGAUGAUCUGAUCAUUGGGGCUCCAUUGCGAACAGAUGACUUCACAGAAGAGCUAAGUGGAGCCCAGCAAGGCAGGGUGUACAUUUACCUUGGAGGCCAACAUUUUCCCUUGGGGGAUGCUACCUCUAAAUGUGCUCCAUUUUCCACCAUCAAACCAUGCCCUGGUCAAACGGCAUGGAGAGAGCUAACUCUUGAUGAAGACUUGGCCAGAUUUGGCUCACAACUUGCAGUCAUCUCCUGUAAGAAUAAGUUGGCAAGUCUAGCAGUCCCAGCGGGAGCAAGACUGUCUGGGGCUAUAGGAGUCUACCAGUUCUAG